CUGAACUGGUCCCCGGGUCCUCAGCCUGGAAUCACCCCUUGAGAAGGACCCUAGAGUGCUCGGCAUCCAGCCUGUCCCCCGAGGCAGGGCACUUAAGGGGUUAAGUCCCCUGGGGCUGGACUCUGUCUUCCGGCUUUUCCCAGACCCCAGAGCCAGUCCCCGGAACCUUCGCAGUCGGGAGCUCUGGGAUGGAGCCUGAGACGGUGCUGUGGGGCCCAGAGCUACAGGGUCCUGAAGAGAGCCGGAACAAUGCUCACGGAGGUGCUGAGAGCGGCAAUGAAGAAGAGGGCCCUCAGCAGGAAAGUUCUGGGGAGGAGAUAAUCUUGGGAGAUCCGGAUCAGAGUCCAGAAUCCAAGGACCCACCAGAGAUGCCCCUGGAGAACCCCUCCCAGGAUGCCUCAGCCCCUCAGGAUUCCCCAGCCCCACAGGCUUCUUCCAACCUCUUUGACCACCAGACCCCUAUGGACCCAUCAGCCCCUGAGGUAGUCCCUUCCCCCUCCGAGUGGACCAAGGCCUGUGAAACCAAUUGGCAAUGGGGAACCCUCACCACCUGGAACAGCACCCCAGUAGUCGCUGCCAGCGAACCCAGCCUACGGGAGCUGGUGCAGGGCCGCCCUUCUGGGGCCGAGAAGCCAUACAUCUGCAACGAGUGUGGCAAGAGCUUUAGCCAGUGGUCCAAACUGCUCCGGCACCAGCGCAUCCACACGGGGGAGCGGCCCAACACGUGCUCAGAGUGUGGCAAGAGCUUCACCCAGAGCUCGCACCUGGUGCAGCACCAGCGCACGCACACGGGCGAGAAGCCCUACAAGUGCCCCGACUGUGGCAAGUGCUUCAGCUGGAGCUCCAAUCUGGUCCAGCACCAGCGCACGCACACGGGCGAGAAGCCCUACAAGUGCACGGAGUGCGAGAAAGCCUUCACACAAAGCACCAACCUCAUCAAGCACCAGCGGUCCCACACGGGCGAGAAGCCCUACAAGUGCGGCGAAUGCCGGCGCGCUUUCUACCGCAGCUCCGACCUCAUCCAGCACCAGGCCACACACACAGGCGAAAAACCCUAUAAGUGCCCCGAAUGUGGCAAGCGCUUCGGUCAGAACCACAACCUGCUCAAGCACCAGAAGAUCCACGCAGGGGAGAAGCCAUAUCGCUGCACCGAGUGCGGCAAGAGCUUCAUCCAGAGCUCAGAGCUGACCCAGCACCAGCGCACUCACACAGGGGAGAAGCCCUACGAGUGCCUGGAGUGUGGCAAGAGCUUUGGUCACAGCUCCACGCUCAUCAAGCACCAGCGGACACACCUACGCGAGGACCCCUUCAAGUGCCCCGUCUGUGGCAAGACCUUCACGCUGAGUGCCACGCUGCUGCGCCACCAGCGCACACACACAGGUGAGCGGCCCUACAAGUGCCCUGAGUGUGGCAAGAGCUUCAGCGUCAGCUCCAACCUCAUCAACCACCAGCGCAUCCACCGUGGGGAGCGGCCGUACAUCUGCGCCGACUGCGGCAAAAGCUUCAUCAUGAGCUCCACUCUCAUCCGCCACCAGCGGAUCCACACGGGCGAGAAACCCUAUAAGUGCUCUGACUGUGGCAAGAGCUUCAUUCGCAGCUCGCACCUCAUCCAGCACCGCCGCACGCACACGGGCGAGAAGCCCUACAAGUGUCCCGAGUGCGGCAAGAGCUUCAGCCAGAGCUCCAACCUUAUUACGCACGUCCGCACACACAUGGACGAGAACCUCUUCGUAUGCUCGGACUGCGGCAAAGCCUUCCUGGAGGCUCAGGAGCUGGAGCAGCACCGCGUGAUCCAUGAGCGAGGCAAGACACCUGCCCGGAGAGCUCAGAGUGACAGCUUGCUAGGACUUGGGGAUCCUGCCCUGAUGACCCCGCCACCGGGAGCCAAACCCCACAAGUGUCUGGUCUGUGGCAAGGGCUUCAAUGACGAGGGCAUCUUCAUGCAGCACCAGCGGGUUCAUAUCGGAGAAAACCCCUACAAAAAUGCAGACGGUCUCAUAGUACACCCGACCCUCAAGCCUCCGCAGUUCCGCUCCCCUAGGCUCCCCUUUGGGGGCAAUUCACAUCCAGGUGCUUCGGAGGGCAGAGCUGACCCUCCAGGACAGUCCUUGAAAGUGCCUGAGGGUCAGGAGGGCUUCAGCCAAAAGCUGGGUCAGCAAUCCUCUAAGUGCUAUGUGUGUCCCCACUGUGGAGAAAGCUUCCUCGACAGGGCGGUGCUCCUGCAGCAUCAGCUCACCCAUGGCAAUGAAAAGCCCUUUCUCUUUCCCGAGUGUAGGAUUAGCCUUGGGGAAGGGGCAGAGUCCAGUUCCUUCCUAAGUGGGAAGCCCUUCAAAUGCCCGGAAUGCAAAAAAAGCUUUGGCCUGAGCUCUGAGUUGCUACAGCACCAGAAAGUCCAUGCGGGCGGGAAGUCCCAGAAGAGCUCAGAGCUGGGGAAAAGCUCCUCAGUGCUGUUGGAGCAUCUCAGGAGCCCCUUGGGGGCCAGACCCUACAGCUGCUCUGAUUGUGGGGCCUCCUUCCUCGACCGGCUAGCUCUUACCCGCCACCAGGAAACCCACACUCAAGAAAGGGCCCCCACUCCUGAGGACCCCCCUUCAGAGUCAGUCACCUUGUCCACAAACCAGGAAGACGAGGGAGAGGCCUCUACCCCCUCAAAGAGCAGCAACCACAGGGAAGAGGACAGUCCGAAAACUCUGUCAGAGGAAAAGCGUUAUCUGUGCCCUGAGUGUGGCGAUGGCUUUACAGAAGUCGCAACGCUCCUCCUCCACAGGAGCUGUCACCCAGGGGUCUCCCUGUGAAGAGGUCUGGAGACCAGGGACCUCUCUCUCCUGAGAAAUUUUGGGGAAAGGAAACCAACCCCAUCAGAUCGUAGAGAAGUGGAGGGCCAAGAACCCUGGGAAGAGAUAGUGCGUUUCCGUCAGCAGUGAGAAGCCUAUGAGAUUGCGGGUGGGGACCACUCAUAAGCCGUAGAGAAAAACUGCUGGGUUAGAAGCCCUAUACAUAUGUAGGAAAAAAGCCCUUUAAGUCUGUAGCAGAGAAACCCUAUAAACCAUAGUGGGUAAAAGCCCUGUUAAUUGUAGGAAGAGGUUCUAACACGUCUCUAGACAAACCCAUAAAACUGUAUUAAAAUCCUUCUCAGAAUCUUCUAGGUGGGGGAGGUGUAGGGAAUACAGUCAGCACUGACUUGGGAGGUGCCCUGGAUGGCGGAGGAAACACCUGGACUCUUGUAGUAUUCUCUCCCGGCAGCCUUGGACAGAGGCAGUGCUCAGCGGGGAAGAGCUAGGAAGGAAGAGAAGUGGGGAGGGAAUGACUUCCAGACCCACAGGUGAGACCAGACAUCCAUUGCACUAGAGGUUCUUUGGUGAAUUGCAUGUACUGGGGGAAGGAAGACUGUGGGGGUUCCUUAUUAAUAAGAGCCCCCCAGAAAUGACAAGCCAUUUUAAAGGCUGGAGUUUGGGGUGUAUAACCAACCUUGAGUGUAAGACUAUUGAGAAAAUGUUGAGAAACCACCUCAGCUAUUGGGGGAAAGUUAAGUCUGUUUGAAGGGAAGCAGAGCACGGUGGAGAAACUGCAGCUGGAAGCUAGCCAGUUCCUCCUCCUAGGAGCGUGUUAAGCUUCAAGUGCAAGCAGAUCCCAGUUCAGGCCGUCAGGGUUCUCCUCAGACAGGCAGGACCAGCCUUUCCCCAGCCCAGCUGGGGAUGUCUACUCUGAGAGGCCUCUGGGGUUUCAGGGGGCCUCUGCCACAUUCUCAGGUCUCACAGGUUUUACCUGAAAGCUAACUGCCACAAGGUUUACUGCAGUGGCAACCCGUUUCCUCAAAUUCUGUCCUCAGUGAAGAGAGCCACUCGCUGCUAGUCAACUUCCAAAGAAUAAAUUCCUUCAGAGGUUCAAGGCUUGUAUGUGCUUGUCCUCCCUGGACUUCUACAAGUUCAUGAGAGAAAGCCACUUGUGGGCUCUCUGGUGACGAGGGACGGCAAGACAACAGAACAGGCAGCUUUGACUUACCAGCAACAAGAGUCAAACCUCAGCCUUUUGUGUGAACUCUGUGUAAGGCUGCCUGCAGGGUGAGCCGGGCUGCACAUGGCGGAUGGACACGUGGCACAGACUGGACCAGAGUUCCCGAAGAGGCAAUGGAAACUUGACCACCUUCUCAACCCCAGUACCUGGAUGCCCUUGAGAUGGGGUGGCAGAUUUGAUCCUGGCUCGGGGAAGGGACAAAUUCCACCUUUGGCCUUUCUCUCCUUAGCCAGAAACCACUGGAGGGAAAUUAAAGGAGGAGACAUGGUCCUCUGCCAGGCCCAUCUCCUCCUCAGACAGCACAGGCUAGACCAUUAAUCCAGCCAAGCCUGCUCACAUGACUGGAGCUCCAUGAUGGAGCAGAGACAGUUGCCCUAUAAAGUGGUUGAAGAAAACCUUUGGCGAGAAACAUCUGUAACAAAGACCCUUAAGGAUGGCAAGGACUCUCCCCUGUAUUUUGGUUGCAAAGGGAGUGUCCUUACCCAGUGCUGGCGUUAGCGACACACUGUCCAGAGUAGGAGGUGAGACACCACAUGAUUGGCUCUAGGAGUCCUGUGCCCACGAGUGAGCUGGAUCCCUCCAGUGCUGAGGAAGAGACAUCUAAUUCCAUUACCUAAACUAAAAGUUCAAAAGAUAGAGGCUGAUCAUCCUUCAUCUAUCCUGUGCCCAGAUAGAUGACCCUCAAAAUUUAAAGGACCAAAAUCUAGAAUACUGGGAGAAAAAUGCCAGUGCUCCUGGGGAGAGAGAAAGGGCAGGCCUUACACAGUUACAGAGAGCCUUGCUAGGGUCCCAAGUAUCAGGUCGGGGGAAGCACCAUGAGAUGGGGAGGAGCCUGCCUGAUAGUGACAGAAAUAUUGAUAAAAGGGCAUCCCUAUAAAAUGGAGUAGAUACUCUCCUAAGUAGAAGCUGAUUCGUCCCCCUCUAAGGUGGUAGCAGAAACUAGAGUUAUCCUUUGUAAACUAGGAGCAGGCUCCCUCUGACCCAGGCCUGAGAGUCUGUCAUCAGAAGACUGGGGGCAGGCGCUCAGCGUAGUCAUGGCUAACUAGACUGUUGAGGACUAAGAUGUAGCAUGUGGGACAGGAUGCUCACAUGUUCUGGAGACAAGCGAGGGCUGUGAUCUCCACUCCAGUACUGAACGGAGCAUGUGCAUAGGUGGUGCCCAGGCUUCCUAGCAGGAAAAGGGCAGAGCAGAGCCCUCAUGGGCUCUGGCCACCUCCCUCUCACACCCUGCUACGCCACAGAGGAAUCUGUUGCAGGGCCCGGCGUCCUUUUAGCUGGCUCAGGAAGAGGUCCGCCAGCACUGAGUAUGGGAGGCAUAGUGAAGCCAGCUCCAUCCUGGGCCAGAGCCCUCAGAAGAUCCCCUGGGAAGAGCCCAGCAGCCGUGGGCAGAGUCCAAGCAUGGGAGAGGGUGGAGCUGACCUGCACUUAGGGAAAACUUAGAACUGAUGAUGAAUGUGGGGUCAAAUAAGAACUCAUAAAGGAACUGGGUAUGAAUCACAAUCGGGGAGAGGACUUGAAACCAUCUGACCUCCCAGUCUGAAGUGAGCGGGUCCCAGAAUCCUUUGCCCCGACAAAGGAAGCCCCGCUCCCUUGCCUUCCCCCUCUGGAGUGAGGGGAGGUCCCCAUUUAGAGUGUUGUCUUUCAGUCACAGUGCUGUGUCACCAGUGGUCAUGUUCAGUAGUUGGAGAGAAUAAAGGGAGCAAGAUUCCCCGGGUGUCUUCUCUUAUUCCUUCCUACGUGUUCCGUCAACAGCAAGCUCAUCAGAACUUGUCCUCUCCAGAAUGAGGUCCCAUGAGGACCCCAUAAGUUCAGUGUUUGCUUGUGGAAGAUUGACAUGUUCACGGAGCUUUAAGAAUCCAUAUCCUGAGAGGUUGAGAACACUUUGGUCAGCCGGAUGGCUGCCUGGUGGCCCAGUACUGCAGCCUCCCCAGGACCUAACCUAGUCCUCAGAGCUGCCGGUUACCUCUCUGGGUUCCUUUGAAUCCUGUGGCCUGUCCUCUCGGAGGUGAGUGGUCCCCUGGCUUAUUGUCUGUCCCCAGGAUAGCCUAUAGGUUCUCCCAUGGGAGAGACUGAUGCUCUGGAAGUGCAGUCACCCAAGACCCACAGUAUAUGUCAUGUGGGAAGUCAGAGUGGCCUGGAGGCCUGCAGGCCACCUCCACACCAGCCAUUACUCUCCUUGGCUAAGGCAGUGGGGAUGACUAAGGAAGUCCUCAGUGCCAGGUUGCCUUCAGCACUGUCUUCUGAGUCUGUUCAUGGCCCCUGUGACUGCCUGUGACCAACACUAGCCACAGCCUGUCUCUGCCUCUGUUAAAGACAC